UUCUUGUUUCGAUUCGAACUGGCGGACUGUACGAGCACAUGCGCAGUACUUUCUGAACGUUUUAUCGCGACAGUCGUCGUUGGGUUUAUUUCAGAACACAUGUGUUUCAUCGAACGUGUUUCUAAUAGUUUAUGCAAAUAAAUUACCAGUCGCAAUUGCGCCUUUUUUUGUUCUCUUUGAGACGUUUUUUAAUACGCAAAAACUUUUUCACCUUUGUUUUGUUCGAUUGGUUGUGUCGAGAUUUGAGUGAUGCAAGUGCAGCUAAAGUGAAUAAUAUGAGUGUGUGAUUUUAUUGUGCAUCGAUUUCGUUCAGCAGUUUGGCUCAAGAUAUCGAUCGUACAAUCAUGAGCGUUCAAAAUCUCAGAGAGAAAUUCAACCAGCCUAGCAACGGUGGAGCUCCUGCAGCUCCUGGAGUCAGUUUCGGAGCACCAUCGAAACCAUCUCCUGUGUCCGGUUUGAAAACACCAUCGGCAUUUGUCCUCGAAAACAAAUCACCUACGCCUUUCAAGCUUCAAACUCGCAAAAGUCCAUCUCCCGAGAAAGAAAUCACGCCUUUCAAGCUUCAAACUCGCAAAAGCCCAUCUCCCGAGAAAGAAAUCACGCCGCAGACCAACGAUUCGUUCCUCAACGGAUUCAGAAACAAUUCCUUCGUCAGCGUCAAGAAGAAUCCCGAACAGUACCAACAAGAUAUCAUUCUGAAAAAAUGGAACACUACAAAUCAAAGCGCAGCUUCGGAGCCAGAAAAACCCAAAAUCAAUACCGUUAAUACUAGAUUUACAACUCAAUUAAAUCUAGAUCGAAAUGGUAGUAGUGAUAACGUCGUUGAUAACGGCGCCGAUAGGACCGAAAAAUUGAAAAACAUUUACGAAACUAAUACCAAUAAGAGUAAUGGGUUUAAUAAUAAUUCUAUCAAUAGCAAUGGUUUCAAAGUCAAUACGAAUUUUACCAAUGGUAAAGCCAGUCCGUCGGAAAAAGAAUCCUUUGAGAAUCGUAGAAUCGCCCUGAAACCGGUCAGCAACGGGUUCAAGGAGGAUAGAUGGAAAGUUCAGUCACCCGAAAACGAAAUCAAAAAGAAUAUUUUUCAAAAAAGUCCAUCUCCGGAGAUCGAAGUCAAGAAGAACAACUUUCAGACCAUUUCCAAAUCGGCUUCUCCUGAAUACUUGAGUUUGGAGAAGCGUUUUAAAAUUAUUCAAAAAGAACGCGACGACGCGGUGCGACAUUUAAAAGAAAAGGAUGAACAAUUAGCUCGACUGAGAAAAGUUUCGGAAGCCAUGUACAAAGAAUACGACCAGCUAAAAAAUCAAUAUGAAAUUGAAACAAAUACGAUGCAACAGGCUAUGUCACGAGCAACGCAGUGGUACAAGCAAAACCGUGAGUUGAAAAGAAGAAGCUCAGCAUUGGUCCAACAAGUGAUGAUAGACAAACCAGAAUUCCCCUUACAGACUUUAGACGAUGUUGAUACCGGCUCAACCGAAGAUGCCGAAAUCGAAGAACUUAGGAAUACCAUCAAAGAAUUCACAAAAGAAGUAUCCAAACUACAAGCGGAAUUAAAUUCGGUUAAACUUCGCGAAAGUGAAGCUCAAGAGCAAAUCGUCGAAUUGAAUAAUACCUUGGAAAGGGAACGUAGAACUAGAAUACUCGCCGAAGGUAACUUAAAAGAAAAAAUCGUCGACUACGAAUCCAACAGCUCAUCGGAAUCGAUAGACGAGAAAUUGAAAAACACCGAAAAUGAAUUAAUGACCGCUUUGCAAAGAGCCGAACAGGCUGAGACAGAAUGCAACGCGUUAUCCAGCAGAGUUGGCGAAUUAGAAACCGAACUGAUGGAACUGAAAUCAAACAAAACUCCUGUAUGUGCUCCUCCACCUCCACCACCGCCUCCUCCUCCACCGCCACCUCCUCCAUUAACAGGAUCAUCUAAUGGUUUGAUAAUUAGAAAAUCAGCCACGAUAGAUCAACGGUCUUCGGAUGGAAGUGCAGCUGACGAAGUCGCUGAUAUGUUGGGUAUCGCGAAGAAACCGAAACCCGUUAUUCCUGGAGGUGCUAUUGACGAUAUUAUUAACGAAAUCAAAGGAGGAAAAUUCACUUUAAAAACCAUCGAAAAACAAAAUUCUACGAAGAAAGAACCAGAACCGCCGGUCGUUCAUGAAAUGAUAAAUAUACUGGGUACGUUACGACGUCAACCGAAGAAGCAUUCUUUAGGUCAGGAAUAACGCUAGAAAAUGGAACUGACCGAUGGUGUUUCGUUAACGAGAUCAUGGAACAGAAAAAUGAUGUAAAUUUUCGUCGUUAAUGGGUUAAUUAUCUCGAAUUUAUUAUUCAAUCAGCUCCGGCGUUUUUAUCAAGCUAUUAAGAUAACGCCAAUUUGUACGAAUCGAGUGUUGAUGACCCGUUCACAAAUCUUUUGCUCAAGAAGUCUUUCGUUUUAUUUUCAAUUUCUGCGUAUAAUUUUUGUUGAUAUUUUUAUGUACUCUUAUGCAGUUGGUAAGAUGAAAGAAUAAUGUAAUUUGUACGAGUUAUUUUUUACGUUUUUGUUACCAGAAUGAGGUUUUAUUUUGUACAUUACGAGUUAUCAGAAGUAAUAAAAGUAAUUAAUACGAUCA